AAGCUACUUCAGUUCACAGGAGAGCGAAGCGCACAUUCGUAGUGAACAUAAUGUCGGCGUACUUUCUGCCUUUCUUGCUGCUCCUGUCGUCCUCUCUUGCCAUUCGGACUUUAAAGGACGGACCCAUGAUCGACAAGGACGGGCGGGAGUACAAGUCCCCCGUUGCCAUCGUUGAUACCGACGGCACGAGCGAACUCAAACACUGGCUGACGCCUCCCGUGCAAGUGAUGUGCACGCCGACGUCCAUGAUCAUACAGGUGAAGGCCGCCAUGUACGGGGUGAGACGUUUUGUGUCUCCUGGGGAGAUUUUCCUUGGGGGUGUUGAGAAUUCAGGCCUCAGGCAGUGCCAGGCCCGCCCUGUCGGCGACUCCGAGCUGCUCGUCGAGGCUGAACUCCAACACUGUGGCACCGAGCUGUCGAUAUCUGACGACUCUGUGAUCUACUCCAACCGGCUGACCUUCCUGCCUGCUCCCCGUCCUCACGGCAUCACGAGGAAUAUCCCGAUUGUUGUUCCCGUUUCCUGUCACUACAAAAGGACACACAUUGUGAGCAGUCAGCCUCAGAUUCCCGUCGUGUCUUCAGAGACCCCGUCCGAGACCUUGGCCUUCUCCCUGAAGGUCAUGUCCGAUGACUGGACAAAAGUGAGGCCGUCCAAUGUCUUCUAUCUCGGAGACAAGAUCAAUGUGGAAGCGUCCUACACAGACGGUGGUCCGGAACCAAGACGGCUCUUCAUUGACAGCUGCGUAGCAACUCUGAACCCUGACGCGACAUCAGUGCCCCGAUACUUCCUCAUCGAAAACAACGGGUGUCUGACGGACUCGAGAGAGACUGGAUCAAGAGCUCGCUUCCUGGCCCGGGCCAGAGCGGAUGUUCUCCAGCUGCAGCUCGAUGCAUUCCUGUUUCAGCGGGAGGAAAGGAACACGCUCUUUCUCACGUGUCAGCUGAGAGCCACUGUUGAAAUGUGGAGACACAGCCCUGUCAACAAGGCUUGCAGUUAUGUCCAUUCAAGAUGGGAAAAUGUGGACGGCGGUUCCGACGCGUGCCUUUGCUGCGACGGCAUCUGCAAGCGAAACUCACGACAUCUGAAGGCAGAUGGUGCCAACAUGUGUGAAGUUAUCAUUCUAGGCCCUCUUUUGAUUCUGCCCAACAUGUAGGCCAACAGCAAAGUGUCUAAUACAAUAAAUAGUCCUUUUACAA